AUGGAUGUGAUAAGUUUACAACCAUCGGCAAAUGAGGUAAUUAGCGAUGUGAAAAAUGGGAUCGUUAACGAAGACGAGUUUUGGAUCAAGCUCAAUCCUUCACCAUUAACUGGUGGGGAGAACGCCAUCAUACAGGUCAAGAAUGAAAACCAGUCCCUGACCUUUACCAAUAAACUUGGGAACAUGAAGCUUCGGGCAGCCAAUAAAGCUCAUGAAUUAAAAUUAGAGGUUUCGACAGAAAAAGUGUACGAUCUCAGAAUACCGAAAAAGUCAUACACCUACUUCAACAAUGUGGAGUUGACGGGGCUUGACAUUUUCGAAGGGGGGAGGCAAAUUGUGAUUGGCGACACCAACGGGGCUCUGACGUUUGGCAAAAUCAACUCUCACAACGAGUUUGAGAAAAGUUUGACCCUGGAGGCGCAUUUUGCAGACAUAGUCAAAGUGCUUUUCUUCCCCAGUGGAAAGGUGGUUCUAACUGCUGGUCUGGAUUACCAGAUAAAGAUCUGGAAUUUCGAAGAUGGCCAAAAUCCUCGGACCAUGAGAAAGCACACCAACAGAAUAACGGAUUUAGCCAUCAUUGGUCGCGGUAGAAACUUUUUAUCUUCGUCUCUGGAUGGAUCCAUAGUGGUAUGGGAAUGUGGGAGCGGCAAGGCUAUUGAUGAGAUGCGAAGAGUGAGAGACCUCUCUGACCCGGUGAAUUGUAUAUGUGUAUUCCAGGAUCAAUGGCAAACAUCAAAUUCUGGUGAUCACCAACUGUUCUUCGAGAUGGAAGGAAAGAUAUGUUAUGCCGGACAUGAAUCUGGAGUAAUCUCUACUUGGGACAUGACGAAACGGCUGCCUCUUGGAGAAUAUGCUGCUGUUGACGGAGGAGCAGUUUCUUCAAUUGCGAUUGAUAGCAGAAAGAGAAAGGAUGGUUCACACCUGAUUAUUACCGGUUAUUCCACCGGAUAUGUGAGGUUCUGGUCUUCGUUGAACCACGAGUCUCCUUUGCAUGAGCUCAAAAUAGCAAAGGACGAACUGGAAGACCGUUCAAUUGGCUCUCUAAAAAUGCGUGGAUCGUCUUUGAUUGUGACUUUCUCGCGCGAAUAUAUAGUGGAAAUUGAGCUUAAAGUUGGCCAAUUUGAGAGUAUUUUGCCAAAGACAUUCUAUGUCGGCCUAGAUCAGGCUGCCCAAGUGAAUCAAACCAAAAUCAUUGAUAAUGGAUUGUUUGUGGCUGGGAGAUUUGGACUAUUUGCGCGAUUCUAG